AUGGCGCGGAAAUGGUUCCAGCUCGUGGACGAGAACGGCAAUGACCUGAUGUCGGCUGACGCCGUUGUCGUGGAUAUCGAAGAUGUUGCUGCUUUAAGAGAUGCGGUGAAGGCCAAGUGUCCGAACAAACUCGCUAACGUUGAUGCGGCCCACCUCACCGUCUUUGAUGCGAACGGUGUGGCAUUGCCGUGGUCAUCAUCAUCAGUAAGUAAGUCUGGAGAGGAUGAAGACAAUGCGAUCAUUGUGCAAGUACCUCCGCGAGCAGCUGUACUCGAACCAAACUUACUGCAAAUUAUUUUGC